AAUGAAAGUGAAAGAGUUUAUAGGGACAGAUCUGCCAGGACCUGCUGAGGUAAACAACAUCAGACAGUCCGUGUUCAACACAAAGUUCCUCAGAGUAAACACUCAGACGGCUGGUCUGCGGGUGGAGGUGCAUCAGAUUAGAUGAGGAAGAGAGGACACUCAGAGGAAGACUGCAGCAAGAGACCACAAAAGAGGAAAUCUACUGUAAACAUGCUGGGGUGGUGGUCUUGGAGCAAUACAGAAGACGCCAGUACAUCACAGGGAGGAGAGAAGUUUCUGCGCUGUGUAUCUGGAAACACUCUGGGUUCAGAUGAGGAAUUUAUAAGAAAACUGAAAGAGGGAAUACCCGGCCUGAAGGAGGAGUUUAAUGUGGAGAACUGUGAUUUUAUUCUGGUUUUCUGUCCUGUUGUUUCUCGAGCUGGAACUGACAUUGAGUUAGCUCUGAAAAAACUACAGGACUUAUCAGAAACCAAGCCUGCAGUUCUGGUGGUUCUACAUCACACAUUUAAUACGGAGUCAAUAGUACCAGACAGCAGCAGGAGUGUGAACAGAGAGAAUACUCUCAGUGUGGACUGUCUGUUUCAUGAGGAUAGAGGAUUACUGCAGUGCUACAGGAACCAGGAAGCUCUGGAGAAAGUUACACAGUGGAUCAAACCUCCGGAGAUUCUGAGAUGGCUUCAGCCAUUGAAUAAUCCAUUUAGUUACAUUCGGAACAUGAUGACAAAUAUACCAUCACGCUCCACAGCUCCUGAUCUGAAACAGCAGAAAGAAAACUCUGAACAGAGAUUAGGAAAUGUUGCAGCAGCAGCAACAAUGAAAGCAGCUCAGCUAGAAGAUGUGAAUAAAGAGUUAACAAUCAAACUUCAGAAAAAGGACACACUCCUGCAGGACCUACAUAAAACCCUGUCUUUAAUGUUGUACAACACAAAUCCAAAACACCUGGAAGACGAACAACAUGCUAAUCUGAUAAAACACCUGGAAGACGAACAACAUGCUAAUCUGAUAAAACACCUGGAAGACGAACAACAUGCUAAUCUGAUAAAACAUCUGGAAGACGAACAACAUGCUAAUCUGAUAAAACAUCUGGAAGACGAACAACAUGCUAAUCUGAUAAAACACCUGGAAGACGAACAACAUGCUAAUCUGAUAAAACACCUGGAAGACGAACAACAUGCUAAUCUGAUAAAACACCUGGAGGACGAACAACAUGCUAAUCUGAUAAAACAUCUGGAAGACGAACAACAUGCUAAUCUGAUAAAACACCUGGAAGACGAACAACAUGCUAAUCUGAUAAAACACCUGGAGGACGAACAACAUGCUAAUCUGAUAAAACAUCUGGAAGACUGCCACCUUAUAGAUCCCAUUAAAAAACACCUGAGAGAAAUAGAACAGGAGCUGAAUGAAACAUCAGAAGAGGUGAAGAUCACUGACGAAAAAACACCAACCAACAAUGAGACGCUCUCCAUCCCACCACCACCCAACACGAGCAAAGAUCCUCUAAAGAUUUCUACUACAGAAACUGAAGAAGGUUUUAUAUCUUAUGAAAAACUUGAUGAUAAAGAGAGUGAAAACACUGAGAAGAACAAUUUAACUGAUCAGAAUGCCCAGAACACACCUAACAGCCUUACUGAACCUUCUGAGAUGUAAGAGGUAGAUAAAGAGUAAACAGUAGAAAGAAUCUGAACGCUUAUGAGCUAAUAUUAUGAGUAGUACAAUCACAUAUACUUAUAGGGCUGUGUAGGCAAGAACUUGGUGAAACAGUACACAGUAUAAUAUAGAGAUUAUGGUUAAAAAAUACUGUAUUUUUCUCACUAUAAGGCGCAUCGUAUUAUAAGGCAGUACUGUGAUAUUUUGUGCAGUAUUGUGAUAUUGUUAGCAAGGCCAUAUACUGCGUUUUAUUUAUCAAAAAAUAAAUUAUUACUGUUUAUCUAAUCAGGACAGUUAGAUCUUAAAACUUAUCUAGAAGAAAAUGUUGUAAAUUAAUUAUUUAUAUAGUAAUUUAUAUACAUUAUUAAUAUAAAUAUAAGGAAAUGAAAGUCAAGAAUGUGUUUUUGAGAAUCGAUACAGUAGUGCAAAACAACAUAUUGUGAUAUCUCGAUAUAUAAAUAUUUUCUUAAGCCCCUAUUUACAUAUUAUAGAGCAAACUUCUUAACAAUUACAUCUAACAAUUGAAUCAAUUUAAUACCGACUGUUUUUCUUCACAGAUCUGAAAUAUAACAGUGAAGGAAUACAUUCUGUCCUACACAUUGAGAUGUCCUACUCUCGAUUACAGUGUAUGCAUACAGACCCCUUUAUGAUAUAAUAUCUGCAUUUCUACAACAGUUUAUUUUUUUGUUCACUCUAAUUCUGAUGAUAUUCCAAGCAGAUUUUUCCAUGUGAGCUUACAAACAGCUAAUAAUAAAUAGUUAGCUUAUUGUUUGUGAUGUUAGCUCUCCCAUAACACACACACCUGACAGAACAGCUUAAUCAUUGUUUCAAGGAGCAGCUUAGCUCAUACAUUUGCGUUUUCAUUUUACAAAAACAGAAAAAAAAAAACAGAAAUACAUGGUCACAUUUUACCUGUUACUAGCAUUGCCUUUGCUCUCUGCGUAAAAAAUACUAAAUUCAUAUUGAAAAGCAGAAUCUGUGCUUAUUUUACUUAUGAAUAUACCAAUGGACUCCCCUACAAUUCGUGAGUGUAAUCCAAAUCCAAACUAGGCAGGUUAUCAAAAUCCAUGUAAAGACCUACUUCAGAGCAUGUAAAGAAUCAAAAACACAAUCUAAAUUCAGGUCUUUAGAGACUAGAGUCAGAGGAUACAAAAAAAUCGGAAUAAUUUCAGUUCAAAAUAGCAAUCUAAAAUCCAGGGUGCAGUGUAGGGUGUGGUAGGCCUGUCACAAUAAUUACAUUAUCGACUUAUCGUACAAUAAAUGGAGAUGACCUUAAUAACAUUUAAUAAUCGUAAUCAUAGAGGGAGCGUUGUACAGUAGGUGUAGGUUGUAGGUUAUAGUGUAGGUUUGACGUGGAAAUAUAAAUUGGCCUUUAGCUUUGUGCUAUAUACUGCAUGCUUACUGUACACAUAUAAAAAUGUGUAUUGUUGGGGUGUGUUUCUUUAAGUCGAAAGCUCUUAAUUAAACUUGUGUCACUGGUGAUAAUUAUUGCAUGAACACAGAAAGCUUCACAGCACUGUUGGAGUUUAUAAACCUGUGUAGAAUGUGUUGUAAUGUGUUCUGAAUAUGUUACUCUAUAGUAUAAAUGAAAUAAAGUUGUUCUUGCCCGUG